GUGUGGGAUCAAAUUUAUCGCAGUCAUCGUUGCCGACUGUUAGUCCACCAGUAAGUCCAAAUGUCGCAAUGACUACUACAGCAAUUUCCAAUAAGCUUGAGGUCAUUCCGAGGAAUACAGAAGGCAAAAUAUCCAUUCCGGAUCGUUUAUCGGCGACAGCCUUAUUGGCCGAUGGCCUCACACGCUCACAUUCCCACGAAUCGAAUUUGCAGCACACUGUUAACAGCAAAGGAACUGUCCGAUUGACAAGUUCCCGCUCGAUCAAUGACUGCUUAUCAGUGGCUAAUCGGGGAGCCGCACUCUGCCCACCAUCGCCACAUCUAAUUUAUUCUGGUCGAGCAGCAAAUACGCUACCACGAUCGCCAAAAACAGGUCGAGCUAAACAUUCCAUUCCUCAUCAGUGGCAUCGGAGAAAAGGUUUUCGCAUUUCCGCCGAAAAUUGCCAUUUCUGCCAACGACAGCUGAAUUUUUUCAGCGAAUACGAAAAGUGUAAAUCGUGCAAGUAAGU